GUUACAAUGGGGGCAGUGAUUCAGUCAUGUGUUAUGUCACCAAGGCCACAACAAGUGUCUGUUCAGCUACAACUGUUCAAAGACUGAACCCAGGAAGAAGAAACAUUGAUUGCAAUCAUCAUCUGGUGCAGGGUCUGGUUCAUGGUGUGGUGCCUUUGUCACCUCCAUCCAAGGUCAUUUUGCUGACAGAUUAAUUGCAAUCAGUCAGUCUACUGCAUAGGAUGAAAUUGUUGUAGUUGAGGUGUAGUUGGACACGGCCAAAUUUACAGGUGAAAGAGGACACAGGAGAGGAGAGAAAGCUGGGGAGGUAUACCACAAAGUGUUGGUUUGUCACAGGUUCCAGUGAUGAAAUUAUGAAACCAAAGAUGGCGGAGGAAGUGAUGGUCAUCGCUAAGUAUGACUACCAGGCCCAGGACGGCCAAGAAUUGGAUAUAAAAAAGAACGAGAAAUUGAUUCUCCUUGACGACAGCAAAACAUGGUGGAAAGUACAAAACGCUCGCAACCAGGCUGGAUUUGUACCAUCAAAUUAUGUCAAACGUAUCAAACCCUCAAUAUUCUCAAGCUUAAAAAAUACGCUAGGAAGGAAGAAAAAUAGCGACUCUAAAGCACUGUCGUACACGUCGUCCCCGAGCGCGACAGUGAAGGCCUCCCAUAGUGACACUAGUGAACAGGGUAGCAUUGGCAGUGAGACACAGUUCUGUGAUAACAUACCGGCCAUUGUGAAGUACGCCUACCCCUCCAGACAGUCCGAUGAAAUGUCCCUCGUUAAGGGAGAAAAGGUCAUUGUUUUGGAGAAAUCCAGCGAUGGAUGGUGGAAGGGACGAAAGAUGACAGGAGAGACCGGCUGGUUUCCGUCGAACUAUGUCAUUGAGACAGAGGACCCAGAUAUAAGUGUUUAUACCACGCCGGCUGAUAUGUCGUCAGAAAACACAUCACAGACUGUCUUGGAUGUGGUUAUUACAUUGUAUCAGUACAAAGGAACCAGCAGCGAUGAAUUAACAUUUGACAAAGAAGAGCGAUUGGAGAUAAUCGAAAGGCCUCAGAAUGAUCCGGAGUGGUGGCGGGCGCGAAAUGCACGCGGAGACAUCGGACUUGUGCCAAAGAACUAUGUUCAAGUGAUCACGAAUUCCACUUUUGAUAGCCAACAGCCAAAUGGAACAACAAUGUCGCUGGAGGAGUCUCAUGCCAGUAGCAGUUCAGCCACCGAUUCAGCGGAGUCAGACUAUCGCAGGAGCCAUUUUAAUGUGUCAGGCCCCCUGGUGGACAAGGAAUGGUUCUACGGGCGGAUAUCACGGCAUGCGUGUGAUGAUUUACUUAACGAGCAUGCACAGAACGGAGAUUUUGUAAUUAGAGAGAGUGAAUCAAACGUGGGGGAUUACACCGUGACCUUGAAAGCCCCAAACAGAAACAAGCACUUCCGUGUCCAGAUGAAGGACAACAUGUUCUGUAUCGGCACCCAGCAGUUCCAAUCCCUCGACGACCUGGUGGAGCAUUAUAAACGCCACCCCAUAUACAGGCACGAUAAUGAGAAACUCUACUUAGUCAGGUCGUUUGUGUACACGGGACAGUGAGGUUGAGAUGCACGCACGUGCGUACAUGUGCGGUGAUUGAUAUUGUUAGGAGAGAGAGAGAGAGAGGAUGCAGUGCAGGGGUAUACAAGAUAAGGACAACUGUAAAAUAAGCAGAACUAUUGGGAUCUGCGGGAUAUUGAGAAAGGAGCAAAUGCACGGGUGCAAUGUUUGUAACUUUUACUAAGUAAACAUAUUUGGGGGCAAUUGUUUAAUGCUGAAAAGGAAGCCCACAUGCCUAAUUAUGGCCUGUAUGGGGACCCCAAACACGUGUUGGCCCAUUCAGAAGCAUGUUCUCAAAGGGAGCUUAGCACGCACAUGCGCAUUAAGUCACUGAGUAUUUAUUCUGGGACAUUCACAGAUAUAUGUUAAUUUGGAUGCGAGGCCUUCCAAGACUAACUUCCAGACACACACGUGGCUUGCUGCAAUGCUGGUUCUAUUCGCAUGUGCACAGCGUAUUUACGACAAUAAUGAAGUGACAUGCAUUCACAUGCACAAAUCUAUACUUGGACUUUUACCACUACUAACUAGUUCUAUUCUAAGACAAGCGCUACUUGCCGACGCAUGCAGAGAGGAGGAUUUCAGGCAGGAAAAUUGCUUACUGUAGUCCCUUCCUUGAUCAAUAACUUUGGGUUCAGUUUCUCCAGUGUGUACGGGUAGGCAAGGGGAUUCUUUGUGAAGUGAGAAGCUAUUUCAGUGAAAUACUGUCAUCUCUGCUUCAGUUAGUUACUACAGGAAAAGUGAUUUCGAUGGCAGUUACCUAGUAAAUAUGCACAGAUUCAGUCAUUGAUAAUACCACUUUCUGUAGUGGAAGGGAGAAGAAAUCAGUCCCCAAUUUAUAAACUAAUAAAAGAAGUUUUGACUGUCAGAAUGGGCUGCACAAUAGCAUGUGCGUAUAUGCAGGAACUAGGAGAACUCGCUUCACACAUGCAGGUUCAAGAUUAGCACAGGGUAUAGAAUAAUGAGAAAACAGAGUAUUUGACAGUUGCUUUUUUGAAACAGUAUUCCAGUUCAAAAACUACAGACUUUGUUGAAUUCUGCUCUGCGGAAAGAAAAUUUUAGUCCACGGCAUAAUUAUGAUUCAAAUGUUGUCAAGUGGAAAGUGCAUUUGUGACUUAGUGCUCACAUCUUAUUUCAUUUGUUCAUUUAGUUAAUUGUUUUUUAAUUAAAGCUCACACAAGGGUUAAACCGUUAGCACGUCUUCACUUUUAAAAUUAAGGAUAUUACUAUUCAGCUCUUAGUGAUAUUAAGUGAUGGAAAAACAAAACUUGAGAACCUUCUAUUUCUUAGUGAGUUUGCUAAGAUCAUGUUAAUGCCACGCAGAAGCUGCACAUUGAUAUUCAUUUGCUUCAAGACCAAUCAUGUCUAUUUCCUUAAUGUGUUCACAGGUAAGGGAACAACCCUUGACAUAAUCUGUCAGUAACCUUUAUUUUAUUAAUUUAUUUGCUUGGGAUUUGAGAAAGGUGCCUAAACAUGUUCAUCCACAGAGAUGCAGUAGACUCCAUGUCACCUUGUAACUUGUAUUUUUGUUUAUUUUGAAAAUAUCUAGCUAAAACUGGCUGAAACUUAUUUGAAAAUUGCCUAUUUGAAUCAUUGUAUAACUUGAGCAGAUUUCUUUGUCCCAAAUGUCAGAUAAAUGUGGAGUCUAAUGUAUAUCUUUUGCCAGCUUAUUUCCUUUCUUUGUAUUUUCCUUAUUAUCCAGUGCUAACCAUAUACUUAUGAUGAGGUCACAUAUCAAAUGCAGUAUUACUUGUUUAGUGACAUUAUCAGGAAUAUGCCUUUCAAAACUUGGAGUGUUCAGAAAGGUGAACAAGCUGCAAGUAAAAAAUUAGGUCAUUUCUGUAAUUAUCUGUGGAAUGAUGAUUCACUUUUGUGACAGAUGGGGUUUCCAUUAUGAACAUCUUCCUUCUUUUCCCUUGCCGAAAAAGAUAUAGAUUUUGUCCUUUAUAACUGUUACCCGACAAAUAUCAGAUUUUUAUUUUACUUGUAACCUGUAAAACAUGCCAUAUAUUCUUUGUGUUACUUCAAUUCCAAAUGCAUUAUUCGCUAAUUUGUGAAAGAAAAGUGCAUUUUUAUAAUCUGAUAAGAAUAUUUGUAUAACUUCAGAGAAAUGUCAAAUCAUCCGUGGAAGCGUCUUCUCUCACCAGGAAGUUGCAUAGUUCUAAAAAGCAAUUUUUUUAAAAGUUAGAUCACAUGACCCAAUAUCAUUCAUCUUGGUGAGAGCCAGUAGGAUUUCUCUUUGGAUGCUGCAGCGGUUAAUAAACAUGGAAGAAAAAAAUAAUAAUAAAUAGGAAUUGAGGAAUUGUAUUUCUGGAACUCGACGGGUGGAACUGGGGUAAAAAAGCAGAUAUGGUGAUUCCAAAACUAUAAAAAGUUUAUCAGUUCCACGAGUUAUCUGUCGUAUUGUGAAAUUAAUGAUCACUUGCUUGUGAAAAACUAAUAGUUAAGGUGUCUGGCUGGACCGACUGAGCUACGUUAGUAUGAGAGCUUAUUGAUAUAAAUCUAUAGAUUAAAAUAUCGAAUGUACAUCUGUAAAGUAGAAUUUAGAAAAGUUGCACUGGGCAAAAGCUGUCAACGUGGUAGGGCUGUGUACGCACUCGGUGCAGCAAAUUUAUUUAAGUUACCUUUGAAAAAAGACAGUUAUUUGUUCAGAAAUGUUAUUAUCACGAUUUUUGAAAUAUUUCAUGCAGUUUCAUUGCAGCUUAAUCGUGAACUUAUUCUCUCUUCACAUGCCACAGAUUUUUCACUAUGUGAACACAGAGAGAAUCAGGUGCGGAGCGGGCUAGCUCUCAUAGUGAUUGUGUAAACUUUAAGUCAUUGGAUCUUAUUGGUUACCAGAUCAUCAUGUAAAGCCAAUCAAAUACAAGCUUACAAGCCUUAAUCAAG